AUGUCCAACAAUAUGGACUUCGACUUCAGCAUGUUCUGCAACGACGACUUCCUCAAGGACAUCCCUCUGCCGUCCGUCGAGACCUCUGGCGACGACGUCGCUCUCAACUUCGACUACGGCUUCAACGCUGGAGAGUUUGCCGGCGACAUGUCGUUUGGACUUCCUGGCGGUGACCUCCUGAGUCACGCCAGGCAUCUACAAGGUGCUGAGUUGGCGUCCUCUACUCUCCCCAAGGCCAUUGAGACCCUCCCGGCCUCCACUUUGCCUGCCGUUCCAGGGCCUAUCGAGGCAAUGUGGACGCCUCUCAUGAACCCAGCUCCGCCGGUAACCCCGGCCAAGAAGACCAAGGCUCCCGCCAAACCUCGCGCGACCAAGCCCAAGGCCCCUCCCAAGCCCAAGGUUGUCAAGGUGAAAGCUCCGCCCAAGCCCAGAGCUCCCAAGCCUCCCAAGGAGAAGGCCGCCAAGGUCACCAAGCCCAAGAAGCCUGCGAAGGCUCACAAGCGCACCGUCUCUGCACCAUCCGGACCCAUUCGUUGCGUCGGAGAGCUUUACCACCUCCCCUGGUCUCAGCUUUCCCAAGAAGAGAAAGGCCGUCUUCUACUUCCUCUCCUCCAGGGCAUUGACCCCAGCACCGGUAUCAAGAUCGGCGAGCCCGGCACUCUACUUCCCCCACCUGACUUCGAGAUGAUCGGCGAAGACCUCUUCGGCACUGGCGACAGCGGCGCCAAGCUCAUGGGCACCUCUACCUCUUCCCCAGAGACACAGCGUAACGGCCUCACCAUCACACCUUCAAGCCCGACUGCAUUCCUCAGCAGCCCGGCUACCGCUACCACCACCCGCGACUCCGACGCCGAGGACGCCGCCAAGUACCGCGCUCUCAUGGCAGCUCAGAAGGCGCAGAUGUCUACCGCCAGUUCUCCCAUGUCCAACUCCAACAUCAACAACGUCGACAUCAACAACGCCGACAUCAACAUCGACAUCAACAACACCAUUCAGUCAUUGGGCAACGACGCCGUCAACAUGGAUUACUGCCUCAACAAGGACACCUCGUCUUUCGCCUCCGACUUCCAGCUCGACCUCCCCGAUUUCCAGCUUGAUUUGUCAGAGUUCGAGUUCAAUCUCGGCGACAUGUCUCACCCGGCUCAUCAAGGUCUCAACUCCGGUCGCGGUCUCGGCGGUCCUUGUGGUAACGGCGUCAUCGGUGACCCGGCUCCGGCUCCAGCAGUUCAGCCUGUCUCUCCCGUCAACAACAACCUCGAUCUCUCCGACGCUGCCGCCAUGCUGAAUGCCCGUCGCGGUAUCGGUCAGACCCCCACUCCCGCCAGCGACUAUGGUCGUCUCCGUCAGAUGGAGGCUCUCAAGCGCAAUGCUGAGCUUCAGGCUGCUGGUCGUCGUCGCUAG